AUGCCCGCUUUGGAAAGUAUUCGUGCCUAUUUUGGAACCUCCACAGUGGUGAUCAAUGCUACUAUUGCGACUUACAUCUUGUGUACCGGCAUAGCUCCAUUAUUUUGGGCACCCUUUAGUGAACGUGUGGGUAGGAGAUGGGUAUAUAUUAGUGCGAUGGUCCUCUUCAUUGUAUGUUCUAUUAUUUGCAGCAUUGCAAAAUCGAUUGGCCUGUUUUUCGUCUUCCGCAUGUUACAGGGCUUUUUCGCCAGUGCGGGCCAAGCCGUGGGCGGAGGGUCGGUGGCGGAUCUCUUUGAAUCCAAGGAACGAGGUCGUGCUAUGAGUAUUUACAUCCUCGGAACCAUUCUCGGACCUGCUUUCUCGCCCAUCAUUGGAGGUUAUGUGGACCAAUACUUGAACUGGCAGUGGAUCUUUUACAUCAAAGCUAUCCUUGGCGCGGUCAUUGCUGUAUUAACAUUUAUUUUUGUCCAAGAGACACUGUACGUACCCUCGGAUGGGAUUCUUUCGUCGACUUCCUCGGACCCCAUUUCAUGGAAACAACGUUUACAAAAUCUCAAAUUCAAUCCUUUUGCCAGUCUGGAAUUUCUUCUCCGGCCCGAAGUUCUACUGGUGUGCAUUCCAUUGAGCACCAGUUUCGGAUGGUUUUAUUUUCUCGUGACCAUUCUUCCUGAAACCUACAGUCAGAUCUACCACUUCUCGACAGGGUCCAUCGGGCUAUGUUAUUUAGCCGGCGGGUACCGUUUGACCCCGCUCUAUCUCGGUAUUCCAUUCCUCGUUAUUGGAAGUCUAUUGUAUGGAUGGUUUCUCCACUUUCAUUUACAUUGGUUUACCCCGUUGAUCGGAUACUGCUUAACAACGUUUGGUAUUAUGUUCACCAUCACCAUCGGCAAUACGUACUUGGUGGAAUCAUUUAUUACCCGCUCCGCAUCAGUGGUGUCCACUAAUAAUUUUACACGAAAUAUUAUGGCGACGAUAUUUUCGCUGUUGGCCGUCAACAUUCGAAGCGGGGUUGGAGAUGGCAUUGCCUAG